CCACGGCCACAGCCGCUGCCGGCGCGGCGGACACGAGCAUCAAUUGGUGGCCCUACCCGCCGUGGGGCGCGACGCUCACCAGCGCCGGCGCCGCGCAGGGGGCGGCCACGGCGCUCUCCAGCGCGCUCAUGUCCGACACCACCACUCCUCCCGUAUCUGCCGCCUCCACGGCCUCUCCCACCUCCUCUUUAACGACCUCCUUCGACCCGUCCGCAUCUUCCACGGCCUCCCUCGUCCGCAUCCCCGCCCUCCCACCGUCCAGCGCGCCCUCCCCCGACCCGCGCCUCCGCCCUGCGCACGCGCAGCACCCCGCUUUCAACAUACUCUGGCUCGCGCCCGUAUUUGGCGUCCUGGGGCUCCUGCUCGGCAUCGCAGUCGUAUGGUUUGCGGUGCGGUGCCGCAGACGCAGGCGCGCGCGCGUGCGCGGCAUGGGAAGCGGAGGGAGGGAGGGGUCGCUGCUGUUCGGCCCGCCGUACGAUGCCGCGGGCUCGUCCCAAGACGCCGAGAGCGACGCGCAGACACAGAUGCAGGAGGCGAGCCUGCACGCGGUCGGCGCGCGCCGCGGAUCUAUGUACUCUGCGCGCUCGGAGUGGUCGCUCGUCUCGGGCGCGGGCGGGCGGCACCUGCUGCCACCGACGACGCUGGGCGGACGCCCUUUGGAGUCUGUCUCGCUGGCGGCGUCUCCGCCGCCGCAUGCUCCCGCCCCCGCUGCGCGUGCGAUCUCGCGCCACCCGACGUUCAUCAGCUCGCGCCCCGCGACGCCGGGCUCGCUCGGGCUCCUCGGCAGCAGCGCGUAUCCCUCCGAAGACGAGGCCGAGGCCGGGGACGGGGACGACCGCGCGCGCGGGGGCGCGCGGUUCGUCCAGCGGUCGAUUCGGCGCGCGAUCAUGGAGCGCCUCGGGAUCGGGUCUGGGCUCGACAGUGCGGGCAGCGGCGGCGACAGCGCUGGCGUGAGCCGGGAGAGCAGCCGCUACAGCCGCUACAGCCGGCCGGGCAGGCGCGCGGGGGCCAUGUUGAGCGGGAGCGAGGAAGAGGGGGUGCUGGGCGCUGGAGCGUACGAUCCGGGGCCGCCGCGCGGCGAGGACGACGGGUUCGGAGAGGAGGAGGGGGCGUGGGCGCCUGGGCGCGGGUUCCGCAUCGUCGAGGAGGACACGGAGGCGCCGGAGCGCGUCCCGCUGCAGGCGCAAAGGCCGCAGCGCGCGCCGCCGCGCCGCCAGACGACGCACCGCAGCACGCAGUGGCGCACGGACUCGGAGGUGCGCGCGGCCGUCGACCGCGAGCCGCGCGCGCACUGGAUGGCGUGGACGCGCAGCUGGUCGCCCGCAUCGUCGUACCCGCCCACGAUCGCCGACGACGAGCGCGGUCACGACGAGAACCUCGGCGACGGCGGCGGUGAAGGCGGUGUGCAGCAGAAGGGGGCGGGGGACCGGUACACGCCCGUGCCGAGUCGGCACGCGACGGCGCGCAGGGCCGCGCGGGGCGCGCGCGUCGACGCGUCGGUGCUCCCGCUCAGCCCGAAGCUCAUCACGUCCGACCCGCUCGACGCACGCCUGCUCUUCAGCCCGCUCCUCACGUCCGCGUCUGCGUCCGCGUGUUCGACUCCGCGCGCGCCGCGCGCAACCAAGCUCCCACCCGCCGCGAGCCCGAGCCCCGGCCGGAAACUGCACACCGCGCGCGAGCCCCCGCUGCUCCCGUUCCCCGCAUCUCCCGCGUUUCAGAACAGGCUCACGAAGCCCCGCGCGGGGGCGCGCUCCAGCCCCUUGUCCAGCCCGCCCUCCGCCACCACCACUUCCGCCGCGUCGCACUACCCCUUCCCCUCGUCCCCGCCGCCCGCGCCCGCCUCGCCCCCCAGAUCCCAGCCCCGCACAGGCCCCAGCGCAGGCACACGUAGCACAUCCCCCGCGGCUCGGCACGCCGCGCGCCGCACCGCGCUCGACCGCGUCGAUGCCGUCGUCGCGCAGAGCUGGAGCGCGCGCGACGUGCACGGGGAGCGCGCCCCGGCGAGUCCGGGUAUGUUCGGUGCGGGCAGCCCGGUGCUGCUAGACGAAGCCCACGCACCAGAGCAGGAGGGCAGGGGAUCGCGGUGGGCGAGCGGGAUUGAACAGAGAUUGGCUGCCGCUGCCACUAGCGCUGGAGGGAAGAGAUGAGGCUCGUCGGGCAGUGCGGGUCAUGCUUCCUUUUCUGCCUGUUUUUUCUUAUUUUUGCUAUCUGUACAUUGUGACGAUCUGUUUGAGUCGAGUGACGCUUUGAUUUUUGAUUUUUAUUUUGGGAGCG